CUUUCUUCUACAACACUCGUUCAAUUUGUUGGCGUUCUAUCAAUUGACAAUUGCUUGUGUUGAUUCCGAAGCUUCUGGCUUGACUGGCCAGGUACUAAAUUGUUCUUCAACACAGCUUCGGGCGAGUGUCUAUUGUGAUGAGUCAAAACAUGAAUACCCCACAGAUCGAACGGCAGCAGGAUAGCGAAUUGCACGACCUUCGAAGCCCAUCAACCGCUAAGGUCGAGCCUAGAAAGGACAACAAUGUGGAGCUUGAGCCUGAAAGUCAGAUCAAUACAGCCCCACUAUCUAAAGCAAGAAGCAUAGCACUCGUUAUGACUUUGACAGGCGCAAGCUUUCUAAAUGUUGUCUCAACGCAAGCCAUUGUCAUCACACUGCCCGUGAUACGUCGUGAUCUCGACAUACCAGAGAGUCGAUCACAAUGGAUUGUCUCUUCCUACUCGCUAACAUUCGGUUGCUUCUUGCUGCUUUGGGGCCGAAUUGCUGAUGUGGUGGGGAGGAAGAUGAUUUUCAUACUCGGCACAGGCCUCGCUGUCUUAGCAAACAUUGCCAAUCCUUUCAUGAGGAACGAUGUUGCUUUUAAUGUGUUCCGAGGUCUUGCUGGCAUCGGAGGCGCUGCCAGUGUUCCAACGGCUAUCGGCAUUCUGGGCGUCACUUUCAGAUCUGGAAAACGAAGAAACUAUGCAUUUGCGACAUACUCCGCUGGAUCUGCGAUUGGUGGCGCUGUCGGAAACAUCCUAGCAGGAGUGAUCUCCGCCUAUGCCUCAUGGAAGUGGUGUUUUGGUGUCUUGGCCGCAUUCGCAGCCAUCAUACUUGUCUCAGGAAUCUUUACAAUACCAUCCCAGCCCUCAGAAGGUCCUUCAAGAAAAAGCAUGCAAGCUCUGCUCAAGGAGGUCGACUGGCUUGGAGGCCUUCUGAUAACAGCAUCACUGAUAUGUCUCUUGUUCGCCCUGACAGAAGGAAACAUAGCCGGCUGGUCGAACGCCUACAUCCCCAUCCUAAUCGUCAUCGCCGUCCUCCUCGUCCUCACAUUCACCGCUUGGCAAUGGUAUCAAAUCGCGCGUACAUCCCGCCCCCCACUCUUCAACAUCACCCUCCUACGCAACCUCCGCUUCACCUCCGGCAUAUGCAUCAUGGGCAUGUUCUUUGGCGGCUACAACGCAUUCGCCGUCUUCGCCACCUACCUCUGGCAAGACUUCCAAGGCCUCUCCACCAUUCAAACCACCCUCCGCUUCCUCCCCCAGGGAAUCAUGGGGACGCUCGUCGCCUUCCUCAUGUCAAUCUUGAUCUCAAGGGUGCCCACAUGCACCCUGCUCGUCGGAGCCAACCUCGCCGUCGCGUUGUCGUGUCUCUUAUUCGCAAUCCCAAUCUCCCCGCAUACAUCAUACUUCGCGACCGGCCUCCCCGCGAUGAUCUUGUCCGUCAUCGGCGCAGACGUCGUGUGGCCCUGUCUCACGUUGUUUACGAGUAUGAGCGUCCCGCAGGCUGACCAGGCGGUCGGCGGGGCGAUUAUCAAUGCGUCUGGGCAGAUUGGACGGUCUAUCGGUCUUGCCAUCUCGACUGCGAUUCAGAUUGGCGUCAUGGCGAGCUCGAGGGAUGAGUCGGUGGUAGAUGCGGGAGAGAUCAAGGCUUGGGAUGCGGCGAGUUUGGCGGGCCUGAGAGCGGCGAAUUGGUAUAAUUUUGGGCUGUUGCUCGUUUCGGCUGGUGUCACGGCAGUGACGUUUCGUGGAUUGGGUGUUGUGGGACGGAUUGAACGAGAGGCUGAGAGUGACGGUUCAUGAUCCUGUCGAGCCAUUCUAAAAACAAAAUCACGAAGAUCACGUAUAAGAAGGGUUUGAGUAGAGUAAACUGUUGUUUAUACAGGUAAUAAGGGGUCACAUGAAUCUACA